AUGGCGGGGAUGGAGUCAAUCUAUUCUGCUACCUACAGCAGUGUUCCGGUGUAUGAGUUCAAGAUCGGCAGCGAUAGUGUGAUGAGAAGGAGAUCGGACGAUUGGGUCAAUGCCACACAUAUCCUCAAGGCGGCAGGGUUCGAUAAACCUGCUCGGACUCGCAUCCUCGAACGAGAGGUUCAGAAGGGUGUGCAUGAGAAGGUACAAGGUGGAUAUGGCAAGUACCAAGGAACAUGGAUUCCACUUCCCGAGGGUCGCCUCCUGGCAGAACGCAACAACAUCCUUGAGAAACUAGCACCCAUCUUUGAUUUUGUGGCCGGUGAUCACAGUCCCCCGCCAGCACCAAAACACUCCUCAAACCCCGCAAAGCCCAAGGCGCCGAGGAAAUCCGCCAGCAACAGAACUGCAGCAUCAGAGAUCUUUAAUGUCGUUCAACCGCAGCGCAGCAUGGGUCCCCCGUCCCUCCCACAGGAGCACUAUGAGAUGAGCGCCGGGUUUGAUGAUAAUGAGUCAAUAGAACAGGCGGCUCUUGAGUCGUCAUCUAUGAUUGCAGAUGAGGAUAUGCUUCAAAUGUCACAGCAUGGGGGCCAUUCACGAAAGCGAAAGCGAGGGAUGAACGAGUCGAAUGCUAUGUCUAUCAGCGAGCAGGAGCAUAUCAUCUAUGGCGACCAACUUUUGGACUACUUUAUGACGGUGGGAGAUUCCCCGGAGGCAACACGAAUUCCUCCGCCAGAACCCCCUGCCCAUUUCCAAGUCGAUCGCCCCAUUGAUGAUUCGGGGAACACGGCUCUCCACUGGGCGUGCGCCAUGGGAGACCUCGAAAUUGUGCAAGAUCUGCUCCGUAUAGGGGCCAACGUGAAGGCGCUUUCGAUUCAUGAAGAGACACCGCUCGUUCGCGCGGUUCUUUUCACCAACAACUACGAAAAGAGAACUUUCCCGGCAGUGUUAGAUCUGCUUCUGGACACUGUUUCUUUUCGGGACUGGUUCGGCGCUACUCUGUUCCACCAUAUUGCAGAAACCACCAGGAGCAAGGGCAAGUGGAAGAGUUCACGAUACUAUUGCGAAGUGCUUUUGGACAAGUUGUGCAAGACCUGUUCACAGGAUGAGAUCGAUCUCUUGCUGGCGUGUCAGGACCAUAACGACGACACUGCGGUCCUUGUUGCUGCCCGCAAUGGCGCGUUUCGUCUCGUCAACAUGCUUCUUGUUCACUGCCCCCGCGCAGGUAAUCUGGUGAACAAAAAGGGGGAGACAGCUACUAGCAUCACGCAGCGCUCCCAUCAACCUGAUCAUGAAAUUCCACCUGCCCCAUCAUCUGUGACCAUGGCCAACGACCACGUGGAUGGCGAAAUGGGUGGUAUUGUGGCCUCGGAUCCGCAGUCCUUGGCUCCUGCUGCAGACUCCUCUGCGACGUCAGACUUGCUAUCCAAGAUUGGAGCGAUCAUGGCCGAUGCAAAUAAGAAGCUUGCUGUGAACUAUGGUAACUCCAAAAUCAACCAACAAGACACCAAUGACGUGGCCAACCCGGAGGCAUUGUAUGAGCAACUCGAGUCAGAUCGCCAGAAAAUCCAGAAACAGGUGGCCGCCUUAGCAGCAAAGGAGGCUGAGUAUGAGCCAAGUGACAGCCAACUGGGACGGUACGAGAAGCUGCGGGCAAGCUAUAAGUCCCUGCUGGAGCAAAUGCAGCACAUUCAUCUAGCCCAGCAGAUUUCUACUGCAGCACCGCCGGAAUCAUCGGAUUCGUCCUCGCUGGGUCAAGACGAACUCUUGGCCCGGUACCAACUGGCUCGAGAGCUCUGUUCUGCCCAGAAGGUGCGGCGUGACGCUGUCAAGGAUCUCGCCCAGCAAACUGCGGAUGCCGGCGUCAGCACCAAAUUCGAUGUGCAUCGCAAACUGGUGGCUCUGGCCACUGGGUUGAAGGAAGAAGAGCUUGAUCCUAUGGCCGCCGAAUUGGCCGAAACCCUGGAGUUUGAUCGCAUGAACGGCAAGGGCGCGUCGCCCGAGCCAGGGCAUAGACGGUUGCCCUCACAGAACGAACAAGCCAUGCAUCCGCCUGGAGCGAGUGUCCCCGUGGAUGCUUAG